AACAAUUGUUGGGCUUAAGAACUUUUGACAGGAACUCUGAAAGCGUUAUAUUGUGGAAUCGGGGUAGAGCAAGAGUACGAAUGAACAAGUGAGUGCGAUCCGACUUGCGCCGCGUUUUUCAUGUCGCCCAGUCCAUGUGUCAUGAAUUUGAGCGCCCGGCUGUCUUGAUCCGAGAAGGUACGAUUGAUUCCUACGUGUACGUCGGUUAGUUCCACUUCGUGGGAGUCGUCAUGGUUUUGUUAAAAUCAGACUGGCUGUCCCUGUUCAUGUGUCUCUGUCAGAUACUUUCGUUGAUUGGAAAGAACCACGUUAGCAGUGCAAUUACUAAAGUAUGCCCAAGAGGUUGUAAGACUUGUUCCACAUUCAAUGGUUGUAUCACGUGUCGUCCAAGGCUAUUCCUACUUUUGCAUCGAAGUGAUAUGAAACACAUUGGUAUAUGUACGCAUGCGUGUCCUAUUGGUUUCUAUGGGCAACGAGGGGUGGAUAUGAGCAGAUGUUACAGAUGCCGUGUUGACAAUUGCGAGGAGUGUUUCAGUCGAAAUUUCUGUACACGUUGCAAGUCGCCAUAUUUUUUGUGUAAUGGAGAAUGUGUGGAAAGUUGCCCGGAUGGAACGUACCCGGAUGAGAAAACAGGCGAGUGUAGACGGACAGUUGACUGCGAAGUCGCCACAUGGAGUGGUUGGGGAAUGUGUUUAAAAAUGGCUAAAACUUGUGGCUUUAAAUGGGGACUUGAGACACGAACGAGAGAAGUGUUAAUUCAGCCAACUUUCAACGGAAGAUACUGUCCGACAAUAACAGAGUCAAGACAAUGCCGAAUGAAACCAAGACAUUGUCCAG